AUGCCUGCUAGGAUGGCACUGGCCAGUUCACUUUCUAGCAAGCCAGUGCCACCACGCUCCAGAAAAGUUUCUACGACGGGGGUGGAAGUGCACCAGAGCAAGCUGGAUUUUUUCUGCAAGCUGGGCUAUGGUAAGCAGGACAUCUGCAAAGUGCUGGAGAACCUGGGCCAAGAGGCCCUGGAGGAUGAUGUGCUGAAAGAACUGAUUCGGAUGGGGAGCAAACCUCAAGCUCUGGAGAGCCAGGCUCAACCUUCCCAGCUAAAACUUGUUGCCCGUGGAUCAUGUGGCACUUCACAAGGGUCGAAGUUGCUUGGAGAAGAUGAGAGUGAUUCUUCUGACCACUUGAGACCCAUUGUGAUCGAUGGCAGCAAUGUUGCAAUGAGUCAUGGAAACAAAGAGAUAUUCUCCUGCUGGGGGAUCCAACUGGCAGUGGAUUGGUUUCGAGAAAGGGGGCACACGUAUAUCAAGGUUUUUGUCCCACUCUGGAGAAAGGAGCCCCCUCGACAAGACAGUCCAAUUGCUGAUCAGCACAUUCUUGAAGAGCUUGAAAAGCAGUCGAUCCUUGUAUACACCCCGUCCCGGAAGGUGAAAGGCAAGAGGGUAGUUUGCUACGAUGAUCGCUAUAUAGUGAAAGUUGCUUAUGAGAAAGACGGAGUCAUUGUUUCCAAUGAUCAUUACCGGGAUCUCCAGAAUGAAAACCCCGAGUGGAAAUGGUUUAUUGAGCAGCGACUACUCAUGUACUCUUUUGUCAGUAACAGGUUUAUGCCUCCUGAUGAUCCCUUAGGCCGGCAUGGACCCACUCUUAAAAACUUCCUCAGCAAAAAGCCAGUGCUUCCUGAACCAAAAUGGCAGCCUUGUCCCUAUGGUAAAAAAUGCACCUAUGGCAAUAAAUGCAAAUUUUACCACCCAGAGAGACCUCAUCAAGCUCAGCUCUCUGUUGCUGAUGAGCUCAGGGCCAAAAUAAGGGUCCCAUUAAGCUGUGGGAAAGAGGAGGAGAAGCGUAACCACUCGCCGUACAGGACAGGAGAAGAGCCCGCACCACCUGAUGCCGGCACAGAAACGCUGCCAGAAGCCAGCGGCUGCACAGGGGCUUGCUGCCACCAAGGGUGGUCCCGGGGAAGCUGUCCUGAGCAGCUGUCCGGUGCCUGGGCUGGUGUCCCUGGCUCUGAACUGGGGCUGGACCAGCGUUCGCUACAGCCAGAGCUGCUGCGAGACCAGCUGCUCCUGGAGAAGAUGUCAGCACUGGCCAUCAGUGAGGACACCUACAGCUACAAUCGGUCCCUGCACACCUCUCAGGACAGAGACGUGAUGGACAGCCCUCAUUGCUGUGGUGACCUCAGGCAUAACCCCUACUCACUUCGUCACCCCCAUAGCAGCCCCAUGGACCACACCUGCCUACCGGGAUGCCCCUUCCAGCAAACAGUGCUCCCGCCUGCACGGAGCGGGAUGUGCCCAGAUGCCAGCUGGCCCCAGGAGUGCUGCGGCAUGCAUGGCGUGGGUCAGAGGAGCCGCUAUGUCCCUGGUGGUACUCAGCACACACAGGGCCUGGAGACUCAGCCCCACGUUUUGCCGCAGUCUGCAGCUCUUCCCCCUGACCCGCUUCACUUUUACGGCGAGCAUCAGCUGCAGCAGCAGCAUCACCGUUUCCCCAGCCGGCCCCUGGGGCAACCCUUUCUGUUGGACUCCAGCAAUGGGCUGGGCUUCUUCCGGAAAGCCCAUGCUUACCCCGAUGCCUCUUAUGGUGACUACUGGCCCGCCCCAGCUGUGAAGCCACCAUCUGCCCAGCAAGCAAACAUACACAGGGACCUGUGCUCCCUUUUCCCUUACAGUGAGGUGAACCACAUCAUGGCUUUGUACCCCGAUAUCAAGGAUAUUGCUAGCUUGACUUUACUCAUUCAAAGACACCGAAACUUGUGA